AGAUAAAUGAAGUAGUAUUUUGGUUUAUACAGCCAUCUUAGUUUAUACUCCAAUUAUUGUCUCUGAAAAAAUCAAGGAUAUCCUUGACUCUCUAAGCAUGUCUUACAGAGAUCCCAAGUAUCCUGAAGAACAUCCGCGAAAUUUGAUACCAGAAUUGUGCAGACAAUUUUAUCAUUUGGGCUGGGUAACAGGAACAGGUGGUGGAAUAAGCAUCAAACAUGGCGACGAAAUCUACAUCGCCCCGUCCGCUGUGCAAAAAGAAAGAAUCCAACCCAUCGACAUGUUCGUUCAGACCAUCGAAGGGGCAGACUUGGAAGUGCCUCCGCCAGAGAAAAGGCUGAAGAAGAGCCAGUGCACCCCUCUGUUCAUGUGCGCGUACACCAUGAGGAAUGCGGGAGCUGUCAUCCACACUCACUCGAAGGCCGCCGUGUUGGCAACCAUGUGUUUUCCUGGCAAGGAGUUCCGAUGCACGCAUCUGGAGAUGAUCAAGGGCAUCCGCAAUCAGAAAACCGGGGUGAAUUUCAGAUAUGAUGAAGAACUUGUAGUGCCUAUAAUAGAAAACACACCAUUCGAAGAAGAUCUGAGAGAUAUGUUGGCUGAAACCAUCAAGAAGUAUCCACACACCUGUGCUGUUCUUGUCAGAAGACAUGGGGUAUAUGUUUGGGGAGACAGUUGGCAGCACGCCAAAACGAUGACAGAGUGCUACGACUACCUUUUUGAUGUGGUUGUCCAGAUGAAACAGCUUGGAUUGAACCCUAGCUUGACACCGGAACAAUACGAACUCAAAAUUCAAAAUGGCGAAUAAUUCUGUUAUGUAGUUUAUAUGCAAGAGCAAUCUCAUCAAUAUAAACCAUCAAUUAAAUAUUUUUCAUGAUAGCUGAAUAUUUCAUCAAUUAUUUAUGGUUGACUAGGAGAACAAUAUCAUAAUGAAACUAUUGAGGAACAACUGAUAUUUUAUUUGGAAUACCUACAUUUAUGUUCACAGUAAAUAUUCACAUAUAAAAUAUAUUUAUAUCGGACAAAAAUCAUCUUCAUUGAAAUUGAAAUGACGGACAAGCAUAAAAACUUACGACGGAUUUCAACAAAAACAUCAAUGAGUUGAUUGUAUACAAUACUUUAGACAGAGUUAUUAUGUCAUUAUACAGGAUUAGCGUAUAAACCGCAGACAUGACAUCUCGACAAACGCCUAUCCAUUUGCGAUAUCACAUGAAGCAUUAGCAUUUUGGAUGAGCAACAAGUAACAUUAUUAGCCGACAUCAUCAUAUUUAAGCGAGCAAUUUGGUAGGAAAUAUAUAGUUUGAAGGGUUGUGUAGCUUAAUAUGAAUUCAGUCAUAUUAGUUUCCACACAUUUUCUAAGAACAGGAAUGAAUCUGUCCUUUGUAUAAAUGAUUUGAGUUGGAUAUGCUGUUUGCUCUCAUGUGACGUCAUAAGAAAGGCAUUUCAAGAAUGCAAGAUGGCGGUUUUGCUGUAACGCUGUGUCUGUGAUAUAAUAAAUCCGACUUUCGAUAGGUACCUACCAAAUUUGAUGUUGAACUAUUUUUCAGAAGAUAUGCUAGUCAAUGUAUACUAAUCACAAAAGAAAUUACAUUAACUUCAAAACCGGAAAUCAUUAUGAAGUCCCAACCAUAGAAUUCUAUGGGUUAACGAAGUUUUUCUCAAUAACUAUGGAUCAAGUAAUGAAUGAGUAAAUUCGAUAUACAAUUGGAAACAAAUAUCAUUUUCCAUUAAAAUUAUGGUAAUAUUAGGUACUUGUAGGUCUUACAAUCAUCAACUUCUAAUAGUAGAGAUGGAAUGGUUGAAAUGGAAAUAUAUUUCAAAAUGAUAUAGGCCUUUUAUAUGCAGAUGGAACAAGCUACCAAAUGCAGAAGCCUUGGAAACGGAACUGUCUUUUGAUGCAAGUUUAUAUUAUCAUAAGUAGAAUGCAGAUUAAAAUACACUACCCAUCGUAGAAGUCUUUUCAUAGAAAAGUAAAUACGCUGUACUCUGCAAUACCUCAUCUACUCCAACCUCCCUGAUCUCAAUAUCAGAAGUGUAAUACCAC